UGUGACGAGCCGCACUGUGACAUGGAAAAAACGGGACUCUACAGCCUCCUUUAUUACUUCAUUCUCAAUUCGCCCUUUAUGAUUUGUGCAAACGCUGCAUUCACUGAAGUCCCUAAAGAUGUAAGUGUGGGGGAGGGAGAGGAUGUGGAGAUGCCCUGCGCCUUCAAAGCUGUCAGCUCGGCGCCCAUGUCUUUGGAGAUCCAGUGGUGGUACCUGAAGGAGGACAUGGCUAAAGAGCUGCCUCACGAGUUGCAGAUCAGCUCUCCGAACAACAGAGCGAAGGUUGCUCCAAGGGAAGCCACAAAAAUAAGUACUGUGCGUGUCCAGGGCAACGCUAUCUCCCACCGCCUCAGCCUGUCCAAGGUGAAGAAGGAAGAUGAGGGGGUGUAUGAGUGCCGCGUGUCCGACCUGUGGGCCGACGAGACUCAGGAAUUUACGGUCCAUGCGGCGCUACACAUUACGGCGGGUGAUGGUAUGGUCGCCGAGGAGGCCGUGUCGCACAUCCAGAACCGUUGGCCUCUGAGGAAUACCAACACAGCUCUAGGAGGGGCCGGAGCCGGGAGGGCGACCUCGGAGCCGGGCCAUGGCCUGGCAGGAGGUCAGAGGUUAGGGCAGGGGAAGCAUCGGGUGCCUCAGCAGGCCCAGCCUGGCCUCCUUCCGUCCAUUUCAUCCACCACCACCUCGGUGGCCAAGUCUUCAGCCUCACCACUGCCCGGGAACUCAGCCAUCCUCCGGCAGCAGCAUGGAGCUGGAUGCAGCAUAAUGAGCACCAUGGACCCCCUCCUCUGCAUCACUCUCCUGUUCCUGCAUAAGCUCCUCCCCUUCCUGUUGGCCCACUGA